CUUCGCUAGACUGCUGGGCCCUCGGGCCCGGUCCCACCCCCACUCCAUUCCCUCUAGGUCUAUAAAACCGAAGCCUGACCCCCACUCGAGUCACUCCAAAUUUGAAAUUCAAAGUGUCAACAGCCAAGAAUCUUCCAAUAAUUAUCCUCUAAUUUCCGGAGUUAUCGGUGAAUUUCUUGUGUUUAUUAUUGAAAUCGUGCCACAAUGUCGACUCUAGAGUUAAACACCAUCUGCGAGCCCAAGGUGACAUCCAUGGAGCUGGUGCAGGUGAACCACUGCGACCUGCCAGCGAAACUGUCAAAGAUAUCAGCAGCCCCAGGAAGUCUGUACUCUUUCCCCACCGAUCUCCUGACAGACCUGAUAGUCGACGUGAUAAGCAGCAUCGAAGAGUCAGAGCAGUUGCACGCAGCCCAGGCAUGUCGUCAACUUCUAGAUUACUACGCCGAAGAUCCCCCAAUAGAUUUACUGAUUCGAAAAGGAGUGAUAGCCCGUUGCAUCGACUUUCUCUCAGCCAACCACAAUCCAGCCCUCCAAUUUGAGUCCUUGUGGACCCUGACCAACGUCACAGCAGGUACAUCCGAGCAGACGAUGUAUGUCGUUGGCAAUCGCGCGAUUCCCAAGCUGGUGGAGUUGCUGAAGUCACCAGUACCCGAGGUAGCUGAACAGGCAGCCUGGACCCUGGGGAACAUCGCAGGUGACAGUCCAGAGGCACGUGACAAAGUCCUCAAAUACAACUGCAUGCCUCUACUCCUGAGGCUCAUUAAACCCGACAUCUCAGUGGCAUUCACCAGGAACAUCAUCAGGAGCAUUGCCAAUCUGUGCAGACAUGACAUCUCUCCACCACCUUUUGAUGUCGUCAGGAUGGCACUUCCUGCUCUCAAUGAUCUUCUUGAUAGAGAGGAUCCUGAGGUAUGUGCUGACGCUACACUCGCUCUUUCGUACCUCAAUGAGAGUUUUAAUGGAUGGAUGGAGAGCGUUCAGAACACUCUGGAGGAGUUCCAGAUGUUUUUCUCCAUUAUUUUUUAUAUGGCUAUUAUCUAUGUGUGGGUAAUAUCCUGCUUUGAGAAAAUUCAUUCCACCACCGACUCAGGGAACUCCACCAUCUCCUUGGAAGAUCCGGCUUUUACCGCUUUGCAAAACAUCGGGGGGCAUGGGUCACAAGUCUAAUCAUUUUCCAUGGAUCUCAGGAAAUUUUGCGAAAUAACGAGUGAUUAAUUUGUUUAAUCGGUUUUUAUUGAUUAUUAUUAUUUGAGGGAGAAUUUUAAUGAAUACUUUCCAGUCACUUGGGAAUUUAUUUAAAAAAAUUGGGAUAAAGAAGAAUCAGAAAAAUUACCGAUUAGAUGUCCAGUCAUGAACAUCUAGAUAUAUUUAAUCUGAAAAUUAUAGAGAGGAGUUGUGUAUAUAAAUAAUAGUCAAUACGUGAAUUAAUUUUUAAGAAAUUCAAUAUUGGAGAUGGAUUUAAAAUGAAUGAAAGAUAUGGGAAAUUUGGGAAAAAAUUUGAUGUGUGUAA